UUUUAGUUUUAUCUGCACCAGUGUGAGUAGCAGUAUUGUUAAGAUUUAUGUUAUUGAUAUAACAUCUAUUCAAGAUCAAAAAUCAAGUUACAAUGUCAAAUUACAAUAAAGACCCUCUGGGAAUGGAGAGAUGCAAUUUGCUGAAAGAUAAAAAUGGUCCAGCUCACCAUACUGAUGAUUAUGAGACUGUAUCAUCGAGGUUGGUUGUGCGACGUGGAAAACCUUUCCUUCUUCGCUUAACUUUUGACAGAGAUACUAACUUCCCAUCAGACAAAAUCAGAUUUGAAUUUCGCACAGGUGGAAGUCCAAGAGUGACGCAAAAGUCGAGAUAUUAUCUUGACCCAAUUGAUCCGAAGGCUGGUGAUUCAAAUAAUGUUGGUGUACGGUUUUCCUCCGUAAAUACAGGAAAAGAGGUUGAUAUUGAGGUGUUCACACCAUCUGAUAUGGGUGUAGGACAAUGGAUGUUGUUCAUGUAUUCUAAAGGAAAAGGAAGACGUAGUGAGAAGAAAUCUGUUGUAUCGGACAACAUUGUCAUUCUCUUCAAUGCCUGGAACAAAGGGGACGACGUGUACAUGGAAAAUGAAAAAUGGAGGAAGGAAUAUGUACUGAAUGAUACUGGACGCCAGUAUUAUGGUUCUGCUCGAAGUAUUGGUGGAAUGGAUUGGUAUUUUGGACAGUUUGAAACUGAAGUUCUGAAUGCUGUUCUCAAGCUGAUUACAAUGGAAAAACUUCUUUACCGUAAUCGUGGGAGUGCUGUAGAAAUAGCAAGACACCUGUCAGCUCUUAUGAACGCCAAUGAUGACGAUGGCGUUCUGGUUGGUAAUUGGUCUGGAGAAUAUGAUGAUGGAAUAAAUCCUUCCGAUUGGGUCGGAAGUUAUGCAAUUUUCAAACAAUAUCUUGAAAAAGAAAAACCUGUGGAAUAUGGCCAAUGCUGGGUGUUUGCUGGUGUUUUGUGCACAGCUUUGCGAGCAAUCGGAAUUCCAGCACGUUGUAAUACUAACUUUGAGUCUGCUCAUGACACGGAUGCAAACCUGACUAUUGAUGUGGAAUAUGACAAAGACUACAAUUCUCUUGACAAAGAUGAUUCAAUUUGGAAUUUCCAUGUUUGGAAUGAUGUGUGGAUGGCACGUCCUGACCUUCCUAAAGGAUUUGGCGGGUGGCAGGCAUUAGAUGCCACGCCACAGGAAGAGAGCGGCGGAAGAAUGAGAUGUGGUCCAAUGUCUAUCAAUGCAAUUAAACAGGGUUUGAUUUUCAUGGACUAUGAUGGCCCGUUCAUAUAUGCUGAAGUGAAUGGAUCAAAACGUCAUUGGCUUAAAACGAUUGUGUCUGGAAAAACAAAAUAUGAAGAAUUGUAUUCUGAACAUGGAAUAAUCGGAAAGCGCAUGUCAACCAAACAAGUUGGAUCGGAUGUCAGAGAAGAUGUCACACAUCAAUACAAGUUUGAUGAAGGAACACCAGAGGAACGCUUGUCAUUUAAAACUGCACGGAAGUAUGUAACAACUCCUAGAACCGAAAAGAAAGAAACGAAACAAGUUAUCAAGUUUACAGGAGAUAUACCUGACUCUGUUCCUGUCGGAAAAGAAAUCGGCGCUUCGUUCACGUUUACCAACACUUCUUCCACCACUCAGAAUGUAUUUUUGAGGGUUGCAGCAAAACUUAUGCAAUACAAUGGUUCUGUUGUUGCAAAAAUUCAUGCUGUAAGUUUUGAGGAGACAAUUCCUGCCGGAAAAUCCAAAACUGUGAAAACUACUCUGUCAGCUGGUGAAUACUUAUCGAAGGUCAAAAAUAACGACAGCAUCAAAUUUUUUGCACUUGGUGGAGUAAAGGAAGGAAAAGACGUUUUACAAAGUUUUGGUUAUCAUGAUACGGUUGAAUUACUCAAGCCAACUAUUGCGAUCAAGGCUUCUGGGAAAAAUUACAAACCUGGGGAUUCUGUCACUCUCAAUAUCAGUUUCACGAAUCCGUUGUCAACUACUUUAAAACCAGGAGUUCUAAGGGCUGAAGGUUCUGGAAUCGUAGGUGUAAUGGAAAUUGAUGUGACUGCGAUUAAAGGUGGUGCUACCUUUACAAAAACGAUCACCGUCAAGCCACGUCGAGUUGGAGAGAGGAGAGUGAUUGUCGGGUAUUCUUCCCCAUCUCUAUCUGGUCUGCAUGGUAGCAUCACUCUCUCAGUAAGUGGGAAGUGAAUGAUAUCGAUAAUUUAGUGGAAAAGGUGUGAUUUUUGGAAGAAAAAGAAGAAGCUUUUUCAGCUGAUUUAUUGUUUUUGAUACGAGCUCAAAUUUUGUGCAUUCUUAUGAAAUAAAAAAAAUUGGCACAGAAUUUUCGCGAUGCGAUUUUUUGUUGCGUUACUGACACUGACUUUUUUCUACGUUCUAGUUAUGAGCUAAGCGUCUCUUCUGCAAGAUUUUUUAAUCGUGCAGUGGAUUUAUAUUUAGAUGUUUUGUGUCGUUUUGUAUUUUUAUACGAUUUUAGUUGGUGAUUUUUUCACUUUGUUUAAUCGUCUAAACUAAACCUCUUUUCACAUGGUUUUAUAAACUGAUAUGGUAGUACAUGAAAUACCUGAUUAUCGAUCUUUAAAUACAUAUGUAAUUCUACAUCUUUUUUAUUGUAAGUGGAUCUUUUUGCUGAUCAGAGAAGCAUUUGUAUAUAAGUAGUUUGUAGUCGUCAAUCAUUUUUUAUUCUGACAAAUUUUGAAUUUAUGCCAAACUAAUUUUUAGAAUGAAACAGGGACAAUCACCAUGCAUUUUAUAGACAUUUUCAACAUGUUACUGUCUUCAACAAAUUUUUCCGUCCUUUUUUAAUUGUCUUGUAGAAAAUAGUCAAUUGAAAAUUUUGAUUUUUCUAAAUGAAUUCCUCAUACCAUUUUUUAUCAAAUACACUAGAUGCAUAAACACUGCCUACUGACAUUAAAUAUUGCAACUAAGUUGAUAUUCAAGAUUUUUCAUUCAAUGAUUCAUUUUCUUAGCAUAACUACGCAGAUCUUAGCCCAGAUUAUGAACAUUUCAAUUUACAAUUAGUUUAUGCAUUUUUCCUAAUUUUUACUUCCCAUAUUGCUAGCAAUUUCUGAUAAUAAUGUGUACAUUUUUUCAUAUUUUUGCUGUGCAUACAUUAAUCUCCUCUGGCGUAACUUAAUUCUGAUCAGUUUUUGUCAGAUUUCAGUAUUUCUAGGUCUCUGCUUUUUUUGGUAAAGAAGAACCGUUCGUAUACAAAAAACAUCUUGUUUUACAAUGUUUCAAAUGUUUGUGAUAAACAAGAGCAAUUGUACGUCAUGUAGAUCAUGUAGCCAAUAUAUAUGCAGAAAUAAAUUGCACAAAAAACAUU